UCCUCCUCUUCCUCCCCCUCCCUUGUUUGAGUGUGCCUGGGCUGGUGCAGCAGUCUGAGGGAUGGGGGGUUAGAGCCUGCACCGUCCAACUACCUGUGUGGCCCCUGCAUGGAGGACAGUGGACAGGGAUGCGUUUGAUGCAGGACAAUUUUUUUUUUUUUUUUUUUUUUAAAUCCGAGAAAUCCUCCUCAGAAUUUUAUCGGACAUGCCGACUUUACGACAUUUUAUUGACACCAUAAACCAAGGCAUUGCAUGUGCCAACUUUUUUCUGUGAAUAUGCCUUUGUGAGAAAACUCUCUGGCUCGUCACCCUCGCCGGGAUUCCCCGCAAUAGUUUCAACAAGAGACGAGAGAGAGAGAGCGAGAAAAUCUGCAAACAUGGACAAAGAGAGUACUGGUACUCAAUAUGAGCCUGUGGCCGAGAUUGGAGAGGGCGCUUAUGGGAAAGUGUACAAGGCGAGAGAUUUGAAGAACGGGGGACGCUUUGUUGCCCUAAAAAGAGUUCGUGUCCAGACGGAGGAAGAGGGGAUGCCUCUCUCCACCAUCCGGGAGGUGGCGGUACUGAGGCAGCUUGAAGCCUUUGAGCACCCCAAUGUUGUCAGGUUGUUUGAUGUGUGUACAGUCUCUCGGACUGACAGAGAAACCAAACUCACUUUGGUCUUUGAACAUGUGGAUCAGGACCUGACCACCUACUUGGAGAAGGCCCCUGACCCCGGGGUUCCACCUGAGACCAUCAAGGAUAUGAUGUACCAGCUGCUCCAGGGGCUUGACUUCCUGCACAGCCACCGCGUGGUUCACCGUGACCUGAAGCCCCAAAAUAUUCUGGUCACCAGCGGGGGGCAGAUAAAACUGGCAGACUUUGGUCUAGCCCGCAUCUACAGCUUCCAGAUGGCGCUCACCUCUGUGGUGGUGACACUGUGGUACAGAGCCCCAGAGGUGCUGCUCCAGUCCAGUUACGCCACGCCAGUUGACCUGUGGAGUGUUGGCUGCAUCUUCGCUGAGAUGUUCAGGAGAAGACCGCUAUUUCAAGGGAAAUCAGAUGUUGACCAGCUGGGAAAGAUUUUUGAUGGUGUUGGGGUACCUUCAGCAGAAGACUGGCCCCAGGAAGUGGCCCUACCACAGAGUGCCUUCACCCCCCGGCCCCCAAAACCAAUAGAGAACUUGGUUCCAGACAUGGACGAGCAAGGACGGGCCCUCUUAAUGCAAUUCCUCGCCUUCAACCCCUCCAGGAGGAUAUCGGCCUUUGUUGCGCUGAGCCACCCCUACUUUCAAAGCGUGGACAGCCACAGUAGAAGUGUGUAUGCGGCCCAGCCCAUCCCCAGCAACAGGCCCACUAUAGAGGAGAGAACUGCCUGACCGCCCUCCUCCACCCUUAAGCAUCCCAUACAGUGUCUUUAAAAAAGUAUUCUGCAUACCCCGCCUCAGUGUUGUUCAUGUUUUUUUUAUUGUUUACAGCAUUAAAUCAAAGUGUGUUGAUUAAGCUUUUUUGACACUUAUCCUCAGAUAACUGUAACAUGUCAAAGUAAAAAUAAAUCUGUAGAAGUAGAUGUAAUUUCAGUACAAAUAUAGUAUUUACCACAUCCAGUCAAUAUUUUGUAGGGGCACCUGUGGCAUCAUUUACCGCCUUGAGUCUAUGUGGUUAAAACUGCAUCAGCUUAGCAUGUUUGGAUCACAUUGCUGCAGCAUUAUGCUACCAUCAUCAGGCAUUGCAUACUAUUAAGCUUGUUGGUCAAAAAGCUUGAUUUUAGUGUCCUCCUACCAUGGAGCCUUCUUUGGCUCCCACAUGGCUUUGGGCAAAUGCAAGCUGAAAUGUCAUGAGAUCUUUAAACAGUGGCGUUCUCUUUGCCAGUUAGCGAUGAAGCUAGAAAUGCACCCAGGCAGCAGUAGCUGUGGGCUCAGUUAGGGAACCGGGUACCUCCUUCAUUGUCCAUAGACUCUUAAUGGCUCUUAAUGGCCUUCCUUUCCUUGAUUUCCUUGUCAUGCCCGGCUCUAGACAGACUCCAUAACUCCAUGCCAGGUGCCUUCAGAUUUUACCGGUAUCCUUCCACUGAUUGGUACUUUUCAUUAACCUUGUUGUAGAUUGAUUUCAUGUUUCUGUUUUCAUAGUGUAGGUUAAGCCAUCUGUAGGACCCUGCAGAUGUCGGUACAUUUAGCUUUCAAUCGCAUCUUGACACAGGUGAUCGCCAUUCUAUGCAUUAUUCUAACAGGCUGCACUAGUGAUAAAUGAAGGGUGUCAUAGUUAAGAGGGGUGACUCUUAGGUUGUCAUUUCAAUCCAUUUGUUUUCUCUUUGACUUUAAAGAGACAUUUUUCUGACGAUCAAGUGUCAAAAAAGCUUCAACAACUGCGAUUCCGUGUUGUACGUAAAAACAAAAACAUGAAACAGACCCAUGGGGUUUUUUUUUAACGUUUUAUGGCCAUUGUACAAAACUCCAAUAAAGUACUCCUAAAGAGAGGGUAAAGAUAGUGUCAAGACAGACGACACCAACGUUCUCGCCCCCCUGAAAAAUGCACAAAAGCUAUCCUUCCUUCCAUGAACUGAUGGAUUGUAAUUGCUGCUUUUAGGUUGUUAAAUGUUGACGAUUGACUGAUAACAAUGCAAAAGAGACUUGCAACUCAGAUUGAAUGGUAGUAGGGGGAAGGCAGAUUGCAGAGGCCUUUUUAUGAGCCUCGCAAGAACCCCUCAUUACUUUGGGGUGGACCAGACCCUACAGGAGCUUGGAUGGACAGCAUGGACCUCACCUGCCCUUUUGUGCUCACUGUGGGUGUGUGCAGUGAGCAGAUACACAGUACAAGCACGCUCACAGAUAUGUACAACAUUUAGUGUGUGCACUACCACUGACAUUUAGCCACGCUCAUGUACACACCUACUUAUUGAAACAUUACUAGGCAUCACAAGCCAGCCACUCACUGCCAUGUUGUGACUUAUCAUUCCAGUUCUAUGUGUAUUAUAUUACUGCCACCUUGAGGAUGUCCUGAGUAACUGCAGACCAGUAGCGGGAUUCUAAUGGUUUCUGCACUCUUCAAGGAACUCAUCAUAAUGGGCUGAUAUCAGUGCUGAGACAAUGAUGAAAGAAAUGUUCCUGCCACUCAUUUUAUGACUUGCUUCUAGUCUACCAUCAUGGGCUUUUUAUCAUUAUAAGAUACAAUUAUUAUUUACUAUCCAAAUGACACAGUAAUGCACAGGCUUGCAAUAGGUGGAGGAAGUUCCACCAGCACUAGUCAACAUGAAUACGUUUGGCGCAGAAUAGUGUGGCCAAUAUUCUGUAUUUAAGUUUAAUUUUAUUGACAAGUCUUAUAUGCUUGUUUUCAUCAAGUUGUUACUUGAUUUUUUUUUUUUUUUUUAAGAUGCUGGGACAUAUAAUAUUCUUACACCAAUUACACCAACUCUUUAGAUCAUUUUAGAAUUUGUGUAAGAAUAGUUUGACAAUGUAAGGAAUGUAUAAAGGAUAGGCAUUGGUACUGUACAGUAUAGAGUGCUAAGUACAAGCUGUAAUGAUAGAAAACCUUUGAUAUGUGCAUCGUCAGCCCAUAGAUACGUCGUAAAAAUGGAUAGAUGUAGAGUUAGCGAGGGUCAGCGGAAUGUUGUAUGGCAAGAGUACUUUGUCUAUUGAAAAUGUUCGGUGGGCUCUGUGGGUGCUUGUUGAAUUUCAUUUGCUUUGAAUUGAGAGUGACUACGAAUUUUUUUCCAGUGGUUUUGAUAACGAAAUAAUGCACAAAUAUUUUGUGUACAGUUUUUGCUUUAUUUUACGGUCAUGUCUCUUUGUAUUCAAGUUCAGUUUUUACCAGCAAGGAAAAGGCAAGUUAUACAGAGUUGUAUUUUUGUAUGUAGUAGUUCUUGCAGAACAGUAACACAUUUUAACACUGGUUUACGUUUUCUUAACAGGUAGUGCUGCUAGCACACACACAAACACAAACAAACACACUCUCUGACUUUCUCAGGUUCUUGUUAUGGAUGUCCGAACCAUUCGGGCACAGUUUGCACAUCCCUGGGCUACUAACUGACCACAUCACAACUCCUUCAGGUUUUCUUUCAAGCUGUUCCACGAUCAUGUCAUUGAUCAUAGUCUACUGUCAUUCCUAUUUAUCAAAUGUAUGUUACUGUAGUUAUUACUGUCUAAAGAUAAACUGCCUCUAUGAACUGUUUUUUGCCAGCAACCUUUAAUAGCUAGAUGGCGAUUGUCUGCUCGAUUAAGCACUGUGUGAAUUUUCAAAUGGAUAAUGACUCAUAUCUGGUGUCAGUGGUGCAUACAAUGCAAUGAAAGCUCCAAAUACUUUAGGCAUAGAGGUUUACAAUUUAAAAUGACGACUGCUUUAGUCACAUUACACUUGAUACAAUCACUGUACGCUUUUUCAUGAGUUCACCAGUUUGUAAUACAUUUCAAUCUCAUAACAUAGAACUGAAGUCCACUGUUGAGCUUUUAGAAGUUUCACUGUUUAAAAAAAAACAAUAAAAAAACAUUGUAGCUUGAUCCAUCAUAUAACUCAAAUUACACACAUGUUCCUGUGUCAUUUGUUUUUAGCAACACAAUCAUGGCAUUAUACUUACGUAUGAAUGCUGGCAUUGGUGUCCUAUUAUUGUGUUGCACCAGUUGAAUAAAAAGCAGCUUUUUUGUGAAUUUCGGUUUGGACUCAUUUAUGAGUGUGAUUGACAAAUUAAUGAAUCAUUCCAGUGAAUGUGUAGGUUUUAAUUUUUGGAAUGAGGGAACUUUAGAUGCAAUACAAUUGCUGUUGUAAUUUGUUAUAAUACUUGCAUUCUGCCACACAGUCUUGUCUCAACGAUAUGCUUCUAUUUCAUACCAGCAAGAGAACAAUUCUUUUUUUGUUUAAAUAAAUCAAUAUUUUUUGUAUUACUGAA